AUGAACGUUGAAAAUCAUGACAAUAAAAUUGAUCAUGAUGAUGAUGAUGAAAUUAAACGUUGGAAAGAAACAGUGAAUUAUAAUUUCAAUAAAACAAAAAGAAGUGAGAAUAGUACACAUGUGACUGGAAAAAAUUCUUGUAUUGAAACUGAGUUUAAACGAGAAAUGAAACGUUAUUAUGUUGGUUUAAAACAAAAUCUUGAUAAAAUUGAUAGAAUACAAGAAGAGACCGCAAUUAAAAUGUAUCGUUUAUACAAAGAAUCAAGAAAAUUAGCUAGACGAAGUCGAAACGAACGAAGGCAAAGUUUGAUGUUUUAUCGAAAACACUCUAGUAAAGUGAAAAGAAGAGAGGAGGAAGAAGAUGACGAACAACAGCGGCAAGAGCAACAGGAACAAGAACAGAAGAAUGAAGCAUCAUUACAUGAUUUAAUUGAUGAGACAGAUUUUUUAGAAGCAGAACUGAUGAAACCAUCAACAGUAUUAUCUCCACUUUUACCAGUUAUUCAUCAAAAUAAAAUUGUAUCUUUAACUUCUAAUCAGAAUGAUUCAACAAAUAUUAUAGAAGAGGUAGAAGCCAAAGAAGACCAGAUCAAUGCUGAAGUGGUCAAACCAAAUAUUUCAUCAUGGCUUGAAACAAUAAGUGAAGAAAAAGACAAUAUCAAUGAACAAGAAUCAUGUCAACCUUUAAAACUUGACGCUUUACAUUGUAUACAACAUCAUUUACAAAAGAAAUAUUCAACUAUUGAAAAUAGUCAAACUCGUCAAAGUAUCAAUUAUUCAGUUAUUAAACAUAAGGAGAAUCGAUUGUGUAAUUUAAAAGCUGCAUUAAGUGAAGCACCGAUAGCCUAUCUAUGGAAAGAUAAUUUAAACAAGAACACAACAAAAUUGAAAACAAAAUUAAUUUUUUCAAAAUUUAAAGAUUUCAAUUUACAAGCAAAACGAUGUCUGCCCGGUUCUGUUGGCGGUUUAUCAAGUUAUUUCUUAGAAAUUAUUGCUUUACCUAAACCUGCAUUGAUUCGUUUCCCACCACCGACUAGUAUGCAUCAAUAUAUGCGUAAAAAAAUGUUAAUAACAGAGAAACAACAAAUGCAACAAAAUUUGAUUAGAUUAAGUAAUCUAACGGAAGAAAUGAAAAAUUUCUUGGAAGGACAAAAAUUGAUGGCUGUAUUAAAAUUCCUACUGGCAACUACAAAAAAUGAUAAGAAUGAAGCUAACGAAUCUGAAUGA